AUGACUAUCAUAUUGUUGAUCGUUGACACAAGCGCAUCAAUGGCACAGAAAACAUAUCUGGGCACUUCCUAUUUGGAUGUUGCUCGUAACAUUAUUGAUGCGUUGCAAAAGCAGCGUAUGAAGGACGUAGCGACACGCGGUUAUGAUCGCUUUUUCCUCAUAACCACCGAAGAGUAUCCCGCUUGCAUUAAGUCCGGGUGGCGUGAAAGUAGUGCUGUUCUGCACGAACAACUGAAGCGUUUACGCCCACGCGGUCGCGGCUCGAUUUCAGACGCUUUCAUGAAUGCUCUAAAAUUCAUCAAUGUUCAUCGUGCCCAAACUGGAAUCGAUAAUUAUGGAUGUGGACGAUUCCCAACGUACUUUGAGCCUGUGGUACUGUUUGCGAUCACCGACUCAACAUCUGCAGCAGAUAUUCCGCCUGACUUCCGACUAGUGCCAAUGACAAGACCGUAUUUGGGAUCAGAAAUGACAAUUGAAUCAUUCCGUUGGGAUCAGAGGCUGUACACAUGUGUUCUGCGCUACCCUUCAAAAGGAACAAGAGUUUUUCUAACCCCGCCAAUUAUUCUUCCAAGUGGUGGUCAGCCGAUCGAAUCAGUUUGUGGUUCAACCGGUGGACGAUCGUUUCUCCUACAAUCACAUAAACUGAUUGGUCCCAUGGUAGAUCAGAUUGUUCAAGCAAUUCAACUCAAUGGUAUCAUCGUUCGCUUCGAGUGUCCAACCCUUGCAAGCGUUCGAGAAGGUAAUGAAGAUACGAUGUCGGAUCGAGACAAAGCUCGCCUUCGUUUACGUAAUCAUAUGGAAACUAGACCAUUAACACUCGUCUACGUGAAAGGGCUUGGUGGACGGCCGCCGACUGGGCAUUGGCCAAUUCCAGAGGCUUUCUGGCAUGAUCGGAUUGAGAAAGGACAACUCCCACCGAGGCGAGCUCAUCCAUGCAUUGUCUUCUCCAUAGAUGCGGUACCAUCGCCCACGAUUCAAACAGAUCUUCCGUUUGAUAAAUACCAACUGGAGCCAAGUCCAGUUGUUGAAUAUAUUCUGGAUAGACAUCCUUCCACUUCGACAAACAUGUGCUACCAGGUCUUUGUGCGAUCAUCGAGUAGAACUGAAGGUGUUGGUAAACCGUUUGGAUAUCUAAAAGCAGCAUCGAAUGGUCAAAUGGUAAACCUAAUUAUAAUGCCUUAUAAUUAUCCUGUGAUCGUCCAGUUGUUAGAGGAGUACAAGAAUGAUCCUCGAGUUCGAAAUGGUGGGAAUUGGCGAGCUAGAUUGGACCGUUACGUCGAAGCAAUGCCACCAUAUUAUCUUACGCCACUUCGAAAUGCUUUCACAAAAAUGAAAAUGGAACCAGGAUUGCUAGAUGAAAGAGGAGUGUCACUAAGUCAAGUCUAUCCUGCUCAGCUACUGAACUAUCUGAAUGACUUGAAAACCCAGGGAAAAGAAGAAUUUGAGAAGAUCUGCACCACUUUAUCGGUUUUGCUGCAGCAGAACAUGGUUCCACUACCUAUGGUUCCUGUGGAACAGUUACAGUAUGUCCUGUUUCCUAAAGACUUGCAACCACAGUCUAUUCGUAUGAAGGACCGCAUUGCAAGAAGAGAUCGUCGAGAGCAAGAGACAAUUAGAGAUCCAGAAACAGAGCUGGCGAGAAUGAGAAUAUCGCCCCAAAGAAUGCAGUUGCACAUCCAUCUGUGUGAACCGCGGCUACGGGCUCCAGCAGGAUGCAGAUUCAAGAAUCCUUUCAUAGCACCUGCUCUUGAGUUGGUAGGACAGCUGCCACGAUUGCGUGCCAACCUUGACAUGACGCUCAGGGACAGCACAAUAGCUGUGCUUGAUGGAGGCCCUCCUGGUGUUGAUCUGAAGCUGCAUAAUUCAGAUGAACUCCAUCAAUUACCGAUUGCACAAAUGGGUAACUACGAGGAAUACAUAAAAGGGCUAGCCGCAGUUGGGAAAGGUCCGCUUCGACCGGUGGAACCUACACCAGUGAGAACGCAUGCUUUUGGGAAUCCGUUCAAAACUGACAAGAAGAGCUUGGCGAUUGAUGAGGUUGGUGAGGGUAUGGUAGGUGCGAAUGCUGCGGUUCCAACUGCGAAGGAAUCUCGCAGAGAACGAAAAGGUGCUGAAGGAGUUGGUCGGCCUCCAAAACGAAAACCGGGCCCGGUCGCUCCGAAUUGUUUACAGCAGUGGAGGGAAAGGCGACGAACGAUCAGCGAGAGGUCAUCCGUGGUGUCAGAUAUAUCGUACACAUCAGAUUUGGAUCUGGAAGUACCCAGUACUAGCGAUGGCGUUGUUGAUGGGAUGCCUGCGAAUGAAAUGACAAAUGGAGUGGAAGCUUCAACCCUGAACGAAUUCGCUGGACUGGAGUUGGAAGCAGAGAGCGGAGAUGAAGAGGAGGAAGAACUGGUACCGAUACUACCGAAGAGGCGAAAAACUGAGCGGUUAUCCGAAGAGCAGAUGAUGGAACGAAAGCUUCGGAUAGCUGAGAUUGUUCGGCGGCACGCGAAUAAUGGUACCGUGUGGACGGAUUUGUGUCGUGAAACAGCAGCAGAUGGUUCACUGCUGGAUCAGUUGGAUCUGGCCGAUUUUGCGCUACGGGACUCACGUCGUUUUAAACGACGUGUGCUUAUCGAUCAGCUAACCAUGAUAGCGCACGUUGUACGAAGAAUUUACUCUGAAUACGGGCGUUUGUUGGCCGCAGAUGUGAUCUCACUUACUGAGAGGCCUUACGGCUCCUUCUACCGAAUUGGUGCGUCGAAUCUCUGCUGA